AUGGUAAUCUUUUCUAUUUAUUUACCAUUUAUAAGAAGGUUUUCGAGACAUAAACUUCUCGUCCAGAGUAAUCAAAGUAAAUUUAUUCCAACUACCCUUGUGCCGGCUCUCCUUUCGAUCUCUCCAUCUAUGGGUCACUACUUUUCUAAGUACGAAUCCCUAGAGUUUUGCAUUUUACCCUCAAAAGAAAUUACAGGUCCAUUGGGUCUUGGGGACCCAAAUGAUAAUGAACUUAAUAAUGUUGAGACUGACACUAUUAUACCAGCUCUAACUAACGAUAAACUGCACUCAAAAUAUUGCUUUGAAUCCUGGGACAGUGCGUUACUUGCAUUUAUAAAUAAAUAUAAUAAUUGCGCUAAUAUAGAUCAGUCUGAAUUUCAGCAAGAGAUGAAACGAUUGUACAUAGACCUUCGAAAAAUAUAUAGAAGAACAGGCGUGGAGCCUCGCAAUAUCCCUUGA